AGUCGUCUGUGGAUCUCUGAGGCCCGCUAUCAGGUUGAGAUCAGUCGAGUGCCAGCUGGUAACUGGGUGCUCAUAGAAGGAGUGGACCAAACCAUCACCAAGACAGCCACCAUCACACAGAUCAACAACUCAGAGGACGUGGAGGAGUCUGGGGAGCACGUGGUGUUUGGUACGGGAGAGCUCUACCUGGACUGUGUCAUGCAUGACCUCAGGAAGAUGUACUCAGAGAUAGACAUCAAGGUGGCUGACCCGGUGGUGGCCUUCUGUGAGACAGUGGUAGAGACAUCUUCUCUAAAGUGCUUUGCUGAGACACCCAACAAGAAGAACAAACUGACAAUGAUAUCAGAGCCUCUGGAGAAGGGACUGGCCGAGGACAUUGAGGGGGAGGUGGUACAGAUAGCCUGGAGCAAGAAGAAGAUUGGAGAGUUCUUCCAGAGCAAGUACGACUGGGACUUGUUGGCAGCUCGCUCUAUCUGGGCGUUUGGACCGGAGGCUACUGGACCCAACAUUCUGGUGGAUGACACUCUGCCUUCUGAGGUUGACAAGAGUCUUCUUGGUUCUAUGCGUGAGUCCAUCAUCCAGGGGUUCCAGUGGGGUACCAGGGAAGGGCCGCUCUGUGACGAACCUAUCCGCAAUGUCAAGUUCAAGACCCUCGAUGCUGUGAUCGCUGGUGAGCCCAUCCACAGCGGAGAGGGUGGUCAGAUCAUACCCACUGCCAGAAGGGUCGCCUUCGCAUUCCUCAUGGCUACUCCUCGCUUGAUGGAGCCCUACUAUCUUGUGGAGGUGCAAGCUCCAGCCGAUUGUGUGUCCUCUGUCUACACUGUGUUGGCACGGCGACGUGGUCAUGUGACCCAGGACGCACCCAUCCCAGGCUCCCCCCUCUACACAAUCAAAGCGUUCAUUCCUGCCAUUGAUUCGUUUGGCUUUGAGACUGACCUGCGUACACACACACAAGGACAGGCUUUCUGUCUAUUCCAUCACUGGCAGAUUGUCCUCGGAGACCCACUUGACAAGAGCAUAGUGAUCCGACCCCUGGAGCCACAGCCCGCCCCCCACCUCGCCAGGGAGUUCAUGAUCAAAACAAGGAGGAGAAAGGGCCUGUCGGAGGAUGUGUCCAUCUCCAAGUUCUUUGAUGACCCCAUGUUGCUAGAGCUAGCUAGACAGGACGUUAUGUUUAACUAUCCAAUGUAAAACUCACUUUAUUGUAGAAAAUAUUGUUAAGCCGACUUAUACAGAUUGAUGAGGUAAGCAGUUGAAAGGUUUCAGAGUGUAGAACAGCCAGGGUGGAAAGUGGUUGUUUGAUACAACUUUAUUCCGGGCAUAGGGUGCAACAUUGUUUGUAUCUGCGCACGUAAUUCAUGUCAUGCUUUUUUAUUUCACUUUAUUACUUGUGUACCUUAACUUAUGGUAUGUACAUGUACUUCUGUUAAGCCAGAGAGUUACUGUGCAACAGGUGGGGUAUAAAGCUCUUGUUAGUAGCGAAGGCAUGCCCUUUCCCAUGGAUGCUGUGCA